ACCGGAUCGAUAAUAACAAGAUCACGUGGCAAAUGUAAUACGCGAACAUUGGCCAAAGGGAAUGGGGGGAAAGCGCCGGCAUAGACGGGCGCGAACUAGGGUUACAUUCGCUCCUACCCUUGUAAAAUAGAAAAUCAAUACUAAUUUCGUCACGUUCAACCCCUACUAUUUGGCGGAGAUCGUCAUCCAGCGGUUAAACUCUGUUAAGAUUAAUCGAAAACACUUCAAUUCGAAGACCUACCUGGCUGCGAAAAUAGCGGACUAUAUCGUUCGAGAUAGUGUCAAAGUGUUGAAAGUGACAUAAGAAAUCCAUUUUCAACAGGUAGAGCUCCAGCAUGCCUUGUUCCGCCGUUAUUUUUAUACCGUAUUUGGGCUAGUAGUAUUUAAACGUAGGCGAAUGUAAUGUAUUAUUGAAACAAUUGUUAUUAUCCUGACUAGUAAUAGUUGCUGAGUAGGCUGUAUAUUACGAUUAUGACUGGUUAAGCCAAUAUGCAAUCGAACACCGGGCCGUCGAAGGACGUCAUCCGUCUCGAGCCGCUUGGAAAAUUUAAACAAACCCAAAAUGGCAAUAUCAGACCGCAAGUGUGGAGGGCCUAAACCGCGAACAUCUAGUUAAGGUUUCAGUUGUUACCGGAGACCACAACAUUGAGGCAGUUGUCUGGCGGCGAGACCACAGAGUGAUGAGCGAUCAGGAUGUUGAUGAUGUUGCGUUUCUUACAGGUACCAUUAUUCAUGCUCAAAUCACUCACUCCAUUUGUCAAUCAUCGCCACUCAUUCAUAAUCCCUGUGACACAGGCGGUGUUGUAGGAACCGAAAGUCCUACCGGUCAACCGCAGAAGAAGAGCCUCUACGAGAAUAAUGGAGUCGCAGCCUGCAGUCACAACAGAGCGCUUUGCAUCGCUACCAUCGUAUUUGCUCUCCUGUUUACUAUCGCUAUCGUUAUCGCAUUCACUGGCCCACAGAGCGAUUGUACGUGUGCUGGCGAGAAACCUCCAAAUUUCGUGGACGAAGAAACCAACUUGACGAGAACUUUUAUACCACGCGCUGCGAACGGUGAAAUCUUUCCUUGGAAUAACAUCCGUCUUCCGACCACUUUGAAACCAUCUAGAUAUAAUUUAACUAUCCAUCCGAAUCUUACCACGUUAGAAGUUAGGGGACAAGUUUCGAUCGAAUUUCAUGCCGAUAAAGAUACGAAUUUCAUCGUUUUGCACAGCAACAAUUUAACAAUUAUGGACAAAAUGAUACAGGAUAGGAAAGGGCACAAUUUGACUAUAGUCAAAGUAUUGGAAUAUUCAGGGGCGCGUCAAUUGUAUAUAGAAAUCCGCGAAAAGUUCAAAAAGAAACACAAUUAUACUUUAAGGAUACGAUUUAAUACGAAGUUAAACAAGAAUCCCGAGGGAUUUUAUUUGUCGAGUUAUAUUAACACGGACGGGGAGAAAAGAUAUUUGGCAACCACCCAUUUCGAACCGAUAUUCGCCCGUUCUGCGUUCCCUUGUUUCGACGAACCCCAUUUUAAAGCGAAAUUUCGAUUGACUAUAUUCAGAGAUCGAUUUCACAUAGCAUUGUUCAAUACGCCGGUGGUAAAUACCGACGAUUUGGGAUUUUAUAUGGGCACCGGGCUUUUAAGGGAUGAUUUUCAAGAGACCGUUGAGAUGAGUACGUAUUUAGUCGCGUUCGUUGUAUGCGAUUACGAUAACGUACGAAAUCUUACUGAGCGGGGUAUUUCGGUAUCUGUAUACACACCUCCGCCUUAUAAAGAACAGGCACAUUUCGCUCUCAAUACAGCUACGCACAUUUUAAACUUUUUCGAAGACUUUUUUGGAAUGCCGUUUCCGCUACCCAAGCUAGAUUUAGUGGCGAUACCAGAUCUGUCCACCGGGGCGAUGGAGAAUUGGGGUUUAGUCACGUACCGUGAAACUGCCAUUUUAUACGACCCAGAAGAAACGUCCAUAAAUGCCCACCAAUGGAUCACAACGGUUAUAGCUCACGAGUUAGCACACCAAUGGUUCGGGAACUUAGUCACUAUGAAAUGGUGGAACGAUCUAUGGUUGAACGAGGGUUUCGCCAGUUACCUCGAAUAUUUGGGGGUAGAUAGUUAUUUUCCCGAAUGGAAGAUGAUGGAUCAAUUUAUAAUCGACAAAACGCAACCCGCCCUUGCCUUAGAUGCACUAUCCAGUAGUCAUCCCGUUAACGUCCCUGUUGACGAUCCCGACAAAAUUGAGGCUAUUUUUGAUACUAUUUCUUAUAGCAAGGGUGCUGCCAUUAUACAUAUGCUCAGUAACUUUUUACAACAGGAAACUUUACAAAACGGCCUUAAUGACUAUCUUCAAACAUUUAAAUAUACAAAUGCCGAUACAAAAGACUUGUGGAACGUUUUUACCAGGAACACCAACCAAACUCUCGACGUCAAGACUGUAAUGGACACAUGGACAAAUCAAAUGGGCUUCCCACUAAUCACGUUAAAUCGAAUUGGGAACGAAAUAGUGGCGACUCAGGAAAGAUUUUUAUUAACAGUGGAAAAUAUGAAUAGCAGCAUAAGAUCGGCACCAAAAUCAAAGUACGAUUACAAAUGGCACGUUCCACUCACAUACACCAGCAGCAACGAUACGGAAACCGUAAUCACAGUUUGGAUGAACAUGACGGAAGCUCGAUUCGAAAUUGAUCCCGAUAUAAAAUGGAUAAAAGCAAACGUCAACCAAUCCGGAUUUUAUAGAGUUAUGUAUGAAGAAGAUAUGUGGCAUUCAUUAAUUUCUCUUUUGAAAACAAAUCACCAUACAUUCAACGCUGCCGAUAGGGCCAACUUAAUCGACGACGCGUUUACAUUAUGCCGAGCUGGCCUCCUCAACGCGAGUAUCCCGCUGGAGCUAUCGAUGUACUUGGUUAAAGAAAGGGACUACGUGCCUUGGGCCACCGCGAUUGAUCACCUUCAAAAUUGGGCGACAAGACUUUCCGAAUCUCUGGCUUAUAAAUUAUUUUUAAAAUAUAUGAGACAUUUGUUGAAACCCAUAGCCACGUAUUUGGGUUGGAAAAACAGCGGGUCGCAUUUGAACAAACUGAUUCGAGAAGACGUUUUGUCUGCCGCAACGCUAUGCGAGUUGAACGAAACAAUAACUCAGGCUAAGGUUAUGUUUCAAAAGUGGAUGUCGCAUAACAAGUCGAUCGAUUCUAAUCUGAAAGAAGUGGUGUACUCCGCCGGUAUUAAAUAUGGCGGGAUGGCAGAAUGGCAGCACUGUUGGAACGUUUACAACAGUACCACUUCGCCGAGCGAACGUACGUUGUUGCUUAAAGCACUAGGGGUCGCUUCUGAUCCUUGGCUUCUUCAAAGGUACCUGAUGGAAACAUUGGACAAAAAUACAAUUAAACCGCAGGACGUUAAGGUCGUAUUGGCGGUAGUCGCCGCGAAUCCCGAAGGAAGGUUAUUAGCCUGGAGACAUUUGAAGGCGUAUUGGCCGACGAUGCAUUCUAUAUUCGGGAACGCUACGUUCAUGAUGGGUAGUCUCAUAUCGGCUGUCACUGCACAUUUGUCCACCCCCUACGAUUAUUACGAGGUCUCCACUUAUUUUAACGGAAUGAACGUAGGAGCUGCGUCCAGGGCACUGGAACAAAGUUUGGAGAUAAUAAAAUUAAACAUCCAUUGGGUGCAGCAAAAUGAAGAAGAUAUUUUUACUUGGUUACGUAAAUCAAUAAAGUAAAUGUUUCGCUUAUAGACUAGAAAAAUUAUGUGAUGUAUUUAUUUAUCAUAUGCUUAGUUGUGAUUUUAUAUUGAUUGAUAUUUUUCUAUUUUUAUAAAUGUACAUACGAAUAAUGAUGGCGUGCUAUUUAGUAGAGGUCCUGGUGUCGAUGUUAGCGUUAAAAAAUUAAAUGGUUUUGGUCUCGUUCCGUCGCACGGAAUUGCCCAAAAUAUCUCAAUUAAAUAUGAACUGAAAUAUUAUUUUUGUACUAGAUCUUUCGAUGAUAUGCCUUUACAUGUACAAUUCUAUUUGUAAAAUAUUUAUCUUUACAAAGUUAUUAGAAAAAUUUCAGGUAUAAUUCCCCCCAUUCCUCCGUGUAAUGCACUUAAUUAUUAAUAAUAAUCUGUUAUUCCAUAUUUUACCGAUAUCAAUAGUAACAUUUUCUAGUUCCUAUGUAAUUAGCUGAAAGAACCAUUUUAAGAGUAACAUUGUUUUCCAUGUAAGAGGACUUUUUUGACGCAACAAUAAUAA